AUGACGACCCCCCUUCGCACAUUCUUCCUUUGCUCCCUCGUCGCUGUCGGCUUUAUUUCGCUGUACCAUAUUCUUCCAUUUGACAUCCUCGCAAACCCGUUCUCCGACGCAAUCAUGGCAGGCAAACCAGCGACACAAGUGGGCAGGUUAGCCGGGUUCAUAGCCCGCGCAGAGCUCCUGCCCCCAUCAAGAUUCGACCCACCCCCACCUCGCAAGGACAUCGCACUCAUCGCGCUGCUAAAUGCACCCGUCGAGCAGAACGGUGUCUCGCUCGUGCUCUUCACAGACCACACGCUGCUUUCUGCAUCAGGGGCCUACUAUAAGCUCACUGCGGAUGAUUAUACGGCGCUGCAUGCGCUCGCGCGGGACAUCACACAUGGCGGCGUCCUCCCAGUGCCCGAAGACUCGUUCCGCAACACAUGGCGCGUGAGGCAUGAGAGGACCGGCCGUCCGAUCGACAGGUUCUUGGUCCCAAAACGUACACUGAGCGAGGUUCCAGAGCAGGAGUAUGAAAGGGAGUUUGAUGAAGUUAGUGUCUAUGGGUGGGAUAGGGAGAAACGGGAACUGCAGACGCCUGUGGGUGCUUAUACGGAGCUCCCGGAUCAGUUGUACGAGGCAGGUGCGGUGGUUGCGGAGGCGAGAGUUGGCGCGGAUGGGCAGAGGAAUGAGGACACGUUGAAGAAAGUUAGAGGUAUCUUGGGAAAUGUAUUCUAA